ACAACCUGAAACCACUACAAGCACGCUAGAUGAGGUUUGACACUGCCGUUGAUGAAAAAAGGCAAACCAAAAAGAACAACCAUCAAAAAACGGACACAAAGACGACUGAGAAAUACGAAGAGAUGCUGAGAAACAACACAGGUGAAAAGAACUCAUGAUCAAAGAAGGUGAAGAUAAAAAAAGGUACAAGAAAAGAGAAACCAAACAAAAAAUGAUCACCUGUAAUCUUGCUGUUUCUCUCCUACUGCUGUCACUUAGUGUCAGCGGCACCAUAAAUGGGUCUGAGAUGCCUUGUAUUCCGCUGGUCAGAGUGGCACGAAACACAGUGUUUCUAGCUCCUGUUACGAGCGAGUUGAAGAUAAACUGUUCUAUAACUCUACACGGAUGUCACAGGAACCCAAGAGUCUCAUGGUGCAAAAUCUACGGACAUAACUGUAACCCUUUAAAUUACUCAGAUAACAUAAGAACCGAGUGGAAGAACCUCACAGAACAUGAAGGGAUGGCUUUCCUGGUUUUCUUAAACAUCUCAAUGAAGGAUACUGGUCUCUACAGAUGUAAAGAAGGCGAGAUGUCUAUAAGUCAUGCUAUGAAUGUGACUGUGACAUAUAAUAAAGAGGAUAUGUUCUCACACAAUCAAGGCAACACAAGUGACCUGAGUUUAGGUUCAGCUGUUGAUCUGCAGUGGCUCUUGCCGUAUGUGUACAUCUGCAGUGGAAUAGCAGGGCUGGUGGUGACAGUUAUCACUGUAACACUGUUUAUAGUCAGACGUCAAGGGACAAAAUCAACAAGAAAAGAUAUGACUGUUAAAAACCAGUACAUGGAAACACAAAGAAGUGAACUGCCUCCUCUUCCUUAUCCCAGCACCCGUUCCUCCUCUGAUCAGCUGACCUCUGCUUCAUAUCGUGGCUGUGAAACUCUACCUGUCAGAGGAGCGCCAUCAGCUCAAAGAGUUUCUGAUGGUAGACACAACACCGCCGGCGCAGAAAGAGGAGAAGAAGAGAACGCUUUGGUCUAUGCUUCUUUGAAUCACCAGGCUAUGUCAAGAGGGCAGAGAAGAACAGCACGGCAUGAACCUGAACCUUCAGAAUAUGCCGCAAUCCGGUUCCGGUGAUUCAGUUAAUCAUUUAUUAGUUUGUUUAUUAAUUUUAAAAUAAUACUGAGAAAUGACCAGUGAGAAAAUCAAUCAAUCAAUCAAUCAUUUUUAUUUAUAUAGCGCUUUUAACAACACAGGUUGCAUCAAAGCACU